AUGGCAAAAUCCGCUCUCAUCUGCUUUAUCUUGGUUAGCGUCGCUCUCCUCAUCUUAGUAAACACUCCUUUCAACAACGCAGCUCCGAUUGAACGAUCCUACGAAAAAGAUGAUAAAAAAGAUGAUAAAAAAGACCACAAAAAAGAUGGAGGAGAUCAUCAAACUCAGAAAGACAUCAGAUACUGCUUUAUUGAUAAUGAUGGUAAGACUAAGAUUACAGAUAAUGCCGUAUAUCUCUGCCAAGGAGGACUUAAUGCGUAUGAUAGUAAAGUUGGGGAUAACACUAACGUAGGAAACUUCGGCCCUUACCAAAAUAGCUAA